AUGGGCGGGGGGAGCAAGAACGCACUCAUGGACGGUGUGGGCCAUCAGGGGGGCCCCGCAAGCGGUGCGGACGAGGGAAAGGGCGCACCAGAAGGGCAGGAAGGCAGGAGGGACUCCGGAAGCUCGGAGCUCGAGGAGGGGGAGAUCCCCACUGAGUCCGACGGAGGGUUUGAGGGGGCAGACGGCCUGGAGAAUGCGUCUGGGGAGCAGAGUCUGAACGACGUUGGCGCUGAGCCGGACGAGGGCGAUGCAAGCACGGUACUGGAGACGGAUAUUGAGGCCAAAAGCCCGAGCAACGAGCAGGAGACGGGAGCCGGAGACGGUGACGAAGAAGACGCAGACGGCGGCGGGGCGGAGCGCGACGUUCGGUGCGCAGCUGUUAGUGGGGGAGACGCAGUUGCUGACGUCAACAGCCAGGGGGGUGACGUGCAAGAUGAGCGGGGUCAGGCGCCAGAGGCAGCGGCGGCAGGCUCAGACGUGACGCAAGCGGACGUGCUGAGUCGGCUUUCGCUAACCCCAGCCGUCGAACAGUCCCCCCCCUCUCCCCCUGGCAGCAUGCCGUCAGGGACUGUCCCCCCCCAAAUGUCUCUGAAAAGCGGCGACAGCGAGGAGAGCGCCGGGGAUCGUGACCCGUGGAGCGGGGACAGCGCCGACCCGUUCGCACACCGUGACUUCAACUCCGACGCCGGGGCCCCGUUUCUCCCCGGAAUGUCGAACUCAACACCCCCCCGGAAGUCGCGGCGCUCUAGCAUGGGGGCCGGGAAAGAGAACGCCUCCCCGGCGCAAGAUGGCAGUGACGGCCGGAAGACGGGAAGCGACGGCGGUCCGGUCACGCCGGGGGGUUUCCACGCGGGAACGUCUCCGAACAAGUCGUCUCCCCUUGUCCAGAAAACCACCCCGCGACCCCCCGGUUCUGAUUCUGCGAAGAGGGGCAGCCGCAGGCAGUCCUUGACGCACCCCCCAAGCGGAACAGCAUCGGAUCCGGAGGUCAAGCCUGGUGCCGGCUUCUGGAGGCAACUGCUGGCGCUGAAUCAGCAACGGGCGGAAUGGAACGGCGAAUGGGAGCAGAUGAUGCGGAAAGCAUCGAGUUUCUUUGCUCGUGUGCCGGAGCCUGAAUUUUGGGCGGGGAAAGAAGCCGGCGGCAGUCCGGCCAUGUGCGCAGGGGGGGAAGAGACCGAGUGCGCGCAAGAGCUGGGCAGCGACGGAGGGGAGCGCCCCAGGGAAGCGCCCGCAAAGCUGACUGGGGGGACGGGCGGAGAAGUGCUCGGAGAGGCGAGGGCGAGAGCAAUGACAGACAAGGAAGGGGUGAGGAUGGCGACGUCAGCAACGGACGACGCGCCGACGGAGACGAGAGAGUCACAGACUGAGGACGCCGCGCUGGUGAAGGACAAAACCGGAGGCAUGCCCGGGAGGACGAAGCAGACGCUGACACGUGGCGGCCAGGAAGCGGGUGGGGAGAUGGCAGCGGGGACCGGGAAAGAUGCGCCCGGGAGGAAGGCCGGCUCGAAGGGAGCUCCCGGGGAACAGCCGGCUGUAGGAGGACCUGGUUCGGCGAUGCCCGGGGAGGUGGUUGCGGUCAAGCCGAAGACGAAGCAGGCUGGAAAUGGGGCCCCAGGAAAGCAGCCGGUGAAGAGAACUACUGGCAUCAAGCUGACGAACCGGGCCCUCGUUAAGAUUCCGGCACUGAAAGCUUCGGCAGGUGGAGCGAAGGACAGCGCGAGGAAAAAGACGCAAGGAGGAGGGGCUGGAAAGAGCGGGCCGCUGAAGAGGGGAGAAAUGCCCCGGGGCCGACUGGGCAAGGAAGCAACCGGGGAAGCCGCUUUGGCUGGGACGGGAGAGGCAACCAAAGCGGCCGGGAAGAAAGCGAUGGGAACAAUUAAGUCCGGGGAAAUUGGAGGAGAAAAGGCGAGGGCAGCCGGCGAGACGGUGAGCAACCGGCUGGCAAUACCGGUCGGGGUUGGGCAGACCGAGAACGAGCCAGGGAACCCCGGUGAACGGACAUUGGGAGAUGAGGCCGCGCGAGCGAACGGAAACCGGGCGCUCGUUCUAGAACCCCGGGCGCCAGGGAAGGCCGGGGCAAAAAGCUUGGGUGAUCACGCUGCCCGGGGGAGCAACGACCGCGCGGUGGACGCCCUGCCCGUGGCGCUGGGGAACGAGGCACAGCGGCCGGGGCUUGACGCUGCCCGGGCGAUCGGCGACCGCGCGCUCAUGGCACUGCCGCCCGUGCGCAUUGCGCCAACCCCGGGGAGCGCCUCCACUGACCGGGACCUUUUGGAGGCAGCACCGGGGAGCGGCCAGCCAGGGAGCGGGGCGACCGGGUCGAGUGGGCUGCUCAGCCCCAUGACGCCGCCGACCUGGGAGCAGUCGAAGCUGUGGGCGCGGAGCGAGGGAGCCCACGGAUACUUCUAUGCGGCGGGUGUGAGUUUUGCGGACCCGUUCCAAGCUUCGCUUUCGGUGUUCUGUUUGAUCCAGUAUAGAGGCGGAAGGGCAAAUCUGCAUUACGGCUGUGCGGGAGCGCCCGCAGAGGAAGGAAAUGAGCUGACAGGGUCUGUAGUUUCUAUGGACAAGGAGAAGACGGAGCAGUUGGGGCGGGAGUUUCACGAGGGACUGCGCGUGCCGCUAGACCCGUGGUCCCGCGAGUUCCUCGGCCCCCGUCUCUACACCGUCAAGGAGUGCGGCGACACAUUCAACACCGUGUGCAACGACAUAUGCAUGUUGCUCGCGGAGUCGGAGCCGACGGCCAAGAAGAGGCUGCUGCGGUUGGUGGCGGAGGCGGCCAAGGAGUCGUUCAUGCCGAACGACUGGCGCCGGGACUUCUCCGACACGGCCAAGUCGUGCUUCGACCGGAACUCGAAGGGGCAGUACGUCAGAUGCCCCGACACCCUGUUCCACGGCUCCCGCAACGUGCGCCACCUGCACGCGCACCACCGUUACCUCGAGCUGUUGCUGAAGGCCGAGCCGUUCUACUUGUCGGAAUACUUUACUUGGGGCGAGACGUGGGCGCGAAACCUGCUGGAGGGAAGACGGCUCCCGUCGUUCAUGUACCGGCUGUACUUCAAACUGAAGCCGGCCGACGUGAAGCCUGAGGUGCAGAGCAGCCUGAGCCGGAGGCAGAGCCCCACGCUGCACGCGGCGGUUGUGCGGCUGGAGGACACGGCCAACCACGGCGUGUUCUCGGACUACGUGGACUUUCUUCGGAUGCAGAAGUUCGAGGAUUCCGAUAUGGAACCAACCUGGGCUUGA